AACACGUGGAGAGGCGAUAGGAGAAUAGAUGUUUCUUUAGCGAGGCACGGCGACAAAGCAAACGCGUCGCUUUCAGGAUCUCGAAGGAAAAAAAAGUAGUAUCGACUGUUUUUGUUGUCGACUAUUUGUUUUGGAGAGUAGCUCUGACGGAAGAGUAUUUUGACACCAGAGCAGAAUGAUGAAGUACAUCCUGGUGACGGGAGGAGUCAUCUCGGGCAUCGGCAAAGGCAUCAUUGCGAGCAGCGUGGGCACAAUCCUGAAGUCCUGCGGCCUGCAUGUCACUGCCAUCAAGAUCGACCCGUACAUCAACAUAGACGCGGGCACAUUUUCACCCUAUGAGCACGGGGAAGUGUUUGUGCUGGAUGACGGCGGUGAGGUGGACUUGGAUCUGGGGAACUACGAACGCUUCCUCGACAUCCGGUUGACCAAAGACAACAACUUGACCACCGGCAAGAUCUACCAGUCGGUCAUCAACAAAGAGAGGAGGGGAGACUACCUGGGGAAGACUGUGCAGGUGGUGCCACACAUUACAGAUGCCAUCCAGGAAUGGGUUGUGAAACAGGCCAAAGUGCCAGUCGAUGUCGAUGAUGUCCAACCUCAAGUGUGUGUAAUAGAGUUAGGGGGCACUGUGGGCGACAUCGAGAGUAUGCCCUUCAUCGAAGCCUUCAGGCAGUUCCAGUUCAAAGUGAAGCGCGAGAACUUCUGCAACAUUCACGUCAGUUUGAUACCACAGCCCAUUGCAACCGGGGAGCAAAAGACCAAACCAACACAGAACAGCGUCAGAGAGCUCAGAGGACUGGGUUUGUCCCCUGAUCUGAUCAUGUGUCGCUGCUCCACCCCUCUGGAGAACUCUGUCAAAGACAAGAUCUCCAUGUUCUGCCACGUAGAACCCGAACAGGUCAUCUGUGUGCACGACGUGUCGUCCAUCUACAAAGUGCCGUUGCUGCUGGAGCAACAGGGCGUGAUGGGCUACCUCAGCAAGAGGCUGGACAUGCCCAUCGGGACUCGGCCCAGGAGAAUGCUGAUGAAGUGGAAGGAGAUGUCAGACAGGUCCGACAGACUGCUCGAGCCCUGCUCCAUCGCUCUGGUCGGAAAGUACACCAAGUUUUCCGACUCCUACGCUUCUGUCAUCAAGGCGCUGGAGCACUCGGCCCUGGCCAUCAGCCAUAAAUUGGAGAUUAUGUACAUCGACUCUACGUCGUUGGAGCUCAGCACGCUGCAGGAGGAACCGGUGAAAUACCACGAGGCGUGGCAGAGACUCUGCAGAGCAGAUGGCAUCCUGGUGCCGGGAGGUUUCGGUGUCCGAGGAACCGAAGGAAAGAUUCACGCCAUCAACUGGGCCAGGAAACAGAAAAAACCUUUCCUAGGUGUGUGUCUUGGAAUGCAGCUGGCGGUUUGUGAAUUUGCCAGGAACAUACUCGGCUGGACAGAUGCCAACUCAACCGAGUUUGACCCAGAUUCAAAGCACCCUGUGGUGAUCGACAUGCCGGAACACAACCCCGGGCAGAUGGGCGGAACCAUGAGGCUCGGGAAGAGACGGACCAUUUUCAAGACUAACAACAGCGUGCUCCGGAAACUUUAUGGAGAUGUGGAAUAUGUGGAUGAAAGGCACCGGCAUCGCUUUGAAGUCAAUCCUGAACUCACGAGUCACUUUGAAGAGAAGGGCUUCCGCUUCGUAGGUCAAGACGUGGAAGGGGAGAGAAUGGAGGUCAUCGAGCUCGACGAUCAUCCAUACUUUGUCGGAGUGCAGUAUCACCCAGAGUUCACCUCUCGCCCCAUUAAGCCGUCCCCCCCGUACCUUGGUUUGCUGCUGGCUUCAGCCGGCAAGCUGCAGAGCUACUUACAGAAGGGCUGCCGUCUGUCUCCACGGGAUACCUACAGCGGCGGCAGUGGCGGCAGCACCCCGGACUUGGAGAUAUCGGAGUUGAAAUUGCAUUCCAUCUCAAAUGAAUGACUUGUAGAAAUGAUGUUCACAAGGCUGUUACAUUUAAUACCUCAGAAUACAUAUUGGUUUUGCCCUAGAAAUGGGUGAACGACACCAAAGUCUCUCCUUGGAGUUUUUUGGAAACAUUUACGCCAAUCAAAGGAACCUUCACAGUAUGGCUGGACCACCAGUUUAAAGCUCUAAUUCCCACUGAGUUAUUGUGGCCUUAUUUAUAUCAAUAAGGGACAUCUCAACUUUGGAAAAGUGUUUGUUCAUUUAAUACAAUUGCUGACAUGUUAGAGGUUUAUAGGAUGCCAUUCCUCAACAUGCUUUUAAGAAUGCAAUAAUGAAUAAAUACCAGAAUCACAA